AUGCUCUCUAGAAAUAAUUUUUUAUUUAUAAUUAUAGAAUUUCUUCAUAUAUUAAAUUAUUUAAAAAUUUUAUAUAUUAACUUGCUAUUACUGGAGAGAUAAGGUCAAGUCUCAACAUAGUAAGAUAGUGCUCAAAGAGUGGUUGUUAUUGACUUUGUUGGAGUAAGCAUAAUUAAAUGUAAUAUUGUUAUUAGUAAUUAUAUGACGAGAAAGUUAUAGUUCUUUUGGUAGUGGAAAGAAAAAGUUUAGAGUAUAUGAAUUUAAUAGAAAGGUGAUAAGGAAGAAGAUUAAGGCGACAUAGAUCUAAACUUAUA